GUGACUGUCACAUGAUCAGCUCAGAGGAGGCGGAGUCUGUUCACAUUGCGGCUGUUGUGUUUGCUUUUCGCUGCAGGUCCGCUGAAGCAGAACAAUGCGGGUGAUCACUUUCUUCUUGCUUUGUCUGUGUCUCGUCCAUGGGGAGCAUCUAGAGAUCGAUCAAGUUGUGUCUGUGCCAGAAGGCUGGCUCCACGAUGGUCGGGUCAGUCCUCAGGAGGAGGUGGAGCUCACAUUUGCACUCAAGCAGCAGAAUGUGGACAGGCUUCAGGAGCUGCUGGCACUAGUAUCAGACCCAGAUUCACAACACUAUGGGAAGUUCCUGACCUUGGAGGAAGUAGCUUCCCUGGUGCGGCCGUCUCAGCUGACCGAGAAAGUGGUGCAAACUUGGCUGCAGACUCAUGGGGUCACACGCUGUCACACAGUCCUCACUCGAGACUUCCUCCAGUGUUCGAUGACCGUUCAGGUGGCAGAGACGUUGCUUCCUGGUGCUGAAUUUCACCGCUACAGAAGGGAUGGUCAGACCCUCGUGAGGUCAUCGUCUCAGUACUCAGCUCAUGAUGACGUGUCGCAACACCUGGAUUUUGUGGGUGGUGUGCUCCGUUUUCCACCUAGAGGAAAGGAAAUCAGUAAAGGCUGGACAGGAGCUAGACAAUCUGCAAGGAGUUUUCACUUGGGUGUAACCCCGGCAACCCUCAGGGCUCGGUACAACCUGACCGCAGCAGAUGUUGGCACAGCUGCUAACAACAGCCAGGCAGUGGCACAGUUCUUGGAGCAGUUCUACCACCCAGCAGACCUGGCGGAGUUCAUGAGUUUAUUUGCAAGAGGGUUCAAGCAUCUGACAGAAGUGGAGCGAGUGGUGGGGACUCAAGGAGGAGGGAAAGCUGGACUGGAGGCCAGUUUGGAUGUGGAGUAUAUCAUGAGCACCGGAGCCAACAUCUCCACCUGGGUCUUCACCAACCCAGGUCGUCACGAGUCACAGGAGCCGUUCCUACAGUGGAUGUUGCUGCUCAGCAACAUGUCAGCCGUGCCCUGGGUGCACACCAUCAGUUACGGAGAUGAUGAGGACAGCCUAUCCACCUCCUACAUGAAUCGCAUCAACAACGAGUUCAUGAAGGCUGGUGUCCGAGGCAUCUCAAUGCUUUUUGCGUCCGGGGACAGUGGGGCUGGCUGUAGGCACUUGCCCAAAGAACAAAAUGUGUUCAGGCCAAGCUUUCCUGCUUCCAGUCCAUACGUGACCACAGUGGGUGGGACUUCCUUCAAGAACCCCUUCAAAGUCACCUAUGAGGUUACAGACUACAUCAGUGGUGGUGGCUUCAGUAAUGUAUUUGCAAUGCCAGAUUAUCAGGUUAGUGCUGUGAAGGCGUUUUUGAAAGGCAAGCAGUCACUUCCUCCAGAGUCCUACUACAAUGCCAGCGGAAGAGCCUACCCUGACAUGGCAGCACUGUCGGACAAUUACUGGGUGGUCACCAACCUGGUUCCCAUCCCAUGGGUGUCUGGAACCUCGGCUUCCACUCCAGUGGUGGGGGGAAUUCUCUCGCUCAUCAAUGACCAGCGGUUCCUGAAAGGUCUUCCUUCCCUUGGCUUCCUUAAUCCUCGACUGUAUAAACUCCAGGGCACUGGGCUUUUUGAUGUAACGGAGGGGUGCCACCUGAGUUGUCUGGAUGACAAGGUCGAGGGUCAGGGGUUCUGUGCUGCUCCAGCAUGGGAUCCAGUGACCGGAUGGGGAACGCCCAAUUACCCUGCUCUACUCGCUGCUCUGGGAAAGGACUAAAGGGUAGUCUUGUUAGAACACAACCUAGAGUUUCUUAAAGUUUCACCAAUGUGCUUUUACCUUGAAAACUUCAAAGACUACAGUCACGUUUCAGUACAAUUUCAGAUGCUUUAAGCUUUACAGCUAGACAAUGUGAGGAAAUUAGUUUUAAUUGGUUUUCAUUUUAUUGACUACAUUUUAUUGCCAUUUUAUUAGUUACAAAAUGCAUCUUUCAAGGUGAAAUCUUGAUUGGUGCCCAUCUUGUAGAUUUUUAAAGGUCUGUUUUUAAGGUACAGUUGGUAAUUAAAAGUCAAGACUGAUGGUACCCAUGUGGUUCUGUACCAGCUGCUUUACAGAUGAUUGAGCUUAAGAAUCAACUGUUUCAUAUUGUUUCUCUUUUACAUAAAUAUAACAAUGGACAUGGGUUUGGAUGUUCCCAAAUCUCAGGCUGUUUGAUUAAUGUACUGACAUGUAAUGACUUCAGUUAACAGGAAUAUUGCACUAAACCAGUAAUGCACUGAAAUAUCAUAUUCUGAACUUGAUUUUAUACCACAGCAUAUAACUAGUUAAAAUAACCUGAUGUUUCAUUGAUUAUAUGUAUGCUUUUAGUCAACAUGCUGUAAAAAAUAUUCAUCGAAAAAAAGCAAUCGAAAUGCCUGCACAAGAAUGCAGCGCUGCCUAAUUUCUGUGCAAUGACUUAUUUAAUAAAUAAAGUAUUUGGAUCACUUCUCCACAGAGAUGGUAAAACUGAAAGCCAGUCAUUCGUAUACCUGGAGAAAUACAAGCUAAAUUGCAUUCAUGUUAAUUGAAAAACAAAGCCAUUGUGUCCUUUUUUGCUUGUGGUUUAUGCCUGAAAAGAAUCCGAAUCAUGACCUGUUGUUCAUGAUCAUGUGUUGUUUUACUGUUGUUAUGUAGGGAAAAGGCUGCUUUGAGGAAGCUUACAUGCAGAUACAAGUGGAUGGGGUCAUUUUAUUUUUUCAUUUUGAAAGCUAGAUUAUGGAAUGUGGCGCUCUUCAGUUAUUGUCCUAGAGCAGGGAUGCCCAACCUUGGUCCUGUAAUACUCCCUUUUCCGCACAUUUUAGUGCUUUACCUGCUCCAACCCAUCCAGUUCAGGUCAGUGAGGGGAUAUUAAUAAGCAGGUUUAUUGGGAACAGGGAAAAUAUUACAACGUGCAGUUCGGUCUUCAGGACCAGGGUUGGGAAACACUGUCCUAGAGGACUACGCUUAUGUAGUCUUUUAUUUUCUUUCCUGAAAAUGAAAUUAAUAUGAAUAUUUGAAUUACCUUAAGUUGCACCAGGUGUGCUAAUAAAGCAUUUUCAGUAUGAGUGGUGUAGAAUAAUUGAUGUCUUUCACAAAAAAUGUUUUAUUUUGACUUUUCUCAGGGGAUGAAAAUGAACAUGUAAUCUUGAAAAGUUUUAAAAAAUAAAAUGAGUGCUUCUUAAUACCUUUA